GCUUUCCUUUAUAAGAACCAACUGAAGGUCAAAUCCAAACUCCGACUCUCUCAUCUUCACUCUCUCUCUGUUUCGAUCGGAAUCACAAACACAGAGACAUAAACUUGGAGAUCCGGAUGCGGAAGACCUACUUGAGAAUGAAGACUGGCUCCGUCGCCAACGAUUUGAUCAACGCCGAUUUCAAAGACCUCGCUGCCGCUGCUAAGAAGCUUGCAACUCAUGCCGUCCACCUCGGAAGCUUAGGCUUUGGCACCACUUUUCUUGAAUGGGUUGCUUCUUUUGCUGCAAUUUAUCUGUUGGUCUUGGAUCGGACAAACUGGAAAACAAACAUCCUCACAGGGCUGUUGAUCCCAUACAUAUUCUUUAGCCUUCCUUCACUGAUUUUCUCUAUCUUCAGGGGAGAAAUUGGAAGCUGGAUUGCUUUCGUUGCGGUUAUCUUGCGACUCUUUUUCCCUAAAAGAUUCCCAGAAUGGGCUGAAUUGCCGGCUGCGCUGAUUCUUCUGAUGGUUGUGGCUCCGAGUUUAAUUGCAACCACAGUCAGGGAUGACUGGAUCGGCGUUGCAAUAUGUCUCGUCAUUGCAGCUUACUUGCUGCAAGAACACAUCCGGGCAUCUGGUGGAUUCAGAAACGCUUUCACACAACCCCAUGGCGUAUCAAAUACUGUCGGCAUUAUCUGUCUGUUCGUCUACCCUGUUUGGGCGUUGGUCCUUGACAUCCUAUAGUUCCCUGCACUCUCUUAUUCAUUUGAGGGAUUGUAGAUUUUGUUGUGUUUCAAGUUUUGUACCUUAAAUUUGUUUCUAGAAAACCUUGUGCAAGAUACUAUCUUCAUUUAUAUGGAAGGAACAUAAAAUUUGCCCCAAGGGUUCUGGAA